CAGUCAAGCGGCACUGAACUCACGCACGUCUUUUUAUUUAUUCUAAAUUGUUAUUGGUCGUCGGGUUGUGUGUUUAACCAAUUAACAGACACUUUGUUAGCAGUCGUAGAAACAGAGACCGGUUCGCGGGAAAGUAGAUUUUUUUUUUUAUUGGAGAAAGCUAGAUUUUUAGAAGGGAAAUUUAAAAAUGAAGGAGUAUUUAUAAAUGUCAGUUUCAUCGCAUACAAUUAUUGUUAAUUUGCUGUGCUGUGCCAUACGCACAAUGAUGUUGUAAUUCUACUCCGAGCUGUUGAGAUCGGCUUUGUUUAUAAUUCUAGACGUAAUUAAUUAUCAUACAAUAUUGUUUUCUUUAAAACAUAUCAGUCUUCACAGUUGUAUUAUUUUAGGCCAGGGUGCAAAGCUUACGUGUAUCAGUAAUAUACUCGGCAUUACAUGUAAACAGUACAAAUAGGGGAGAAAGCAUGAGUUUCAAGUAUAACCUGGACCGGUUUCGCUUUGCGAAAAACAUGAAGAGAAAUGAAUCUCCUGUUUCAGAGGAUUUCAGAUCCGAAAGCCCAGACUCGGAGAAGGAAAAUAAAACAGUUACUGUUGUCCCAGAGACUCCGGAACCAAAACAGCCACCACACUUCAAGCGCAUAAAGGUCAUUCAAAUUUCGGACUCUGACUCUGAAUCAGAAGAUAUACAGAAGAGAAAUUUUACAUGGAAGGAGACUACAUACAAUAAAAAUUCUGAAGAUGAUUCCGAUGAGGAACAAUCCACGGAUGAACAGUUCCAAAAACUAAAGGAGAUGUUCCCGCAUAAAGAUGACAGUAAACUGUUAGAGGCAUUAAGAUCCACAAGUACUCUGGAUGGAGCUGUGGCCUUCUGUCUGGUACUGUUUGGGAAGGAAGAGAAUGUUCGGAAAAGGAAGAAAGAUGAUUCUACAAAAAGCAGCGCUCAGGAUAGUGAUAUAAUUCAAGCAAACAAGAAGAAAAAAGAUGCUUCAGUGAGUGAUACUGAAGAGUCAAGUGAUGCAGGUGCAGUGGAGGAGUGGGAGAACCGGGAGGCUGUCCUGAAGAAACUAAAUAACAGGUUUCCUAAUUUAGAUAAAGAGGAGCUGAGGGAGGUACUUGAAGAGCACAACUGGUCUUUUGAUGUUGCACUUGAAGUAUUGCUGCUAUUCUCCAACACAGAUGACAUUUCACCAGAAGGUAAAAUGAAAAUAGACGAGGCCAGCAGGAGUCGCGGUCCAGCUAAUGCUAAAACUGGAACACAAGGACUGAAUGGCUACAGCAGGCCGAAGGGGGAAAACAGGAGCAAACACACCAGAUGUCAGGACAGCGAUUCCGAAGCAGAGGAAUCGAUAGAUUCUGAUUAUGGAAAGAACAGUGAUGAGGACACACAUAGUUCUGACGAAGAGCCUGAAGAAGAGUUGAAGAUUAAAAUACGGAGCUUCCUGCAAGAUGCUUCACUGGAUGAGCUUGCCUUGAUAUCAGGCUGCUCUUUAAAAAAAGCUCAAAAGAUUGUUGAGCUCCGACCCUUUAAAAGAUGGGAGGAUCUGUUUAAAAAGUUUACCAAGACUAAUGGUCUGUCAGAGGACUUAAUAUGGGGUAGUAAAGAUGUUCUUGGAGAGAGAGUUGUGAUCUUGAAACUUAUGACAAGAUGUGAAAACAUUUCGAAAAAGAUGACUAAAGCAGUCACCAAGGUAACCUCUGGGGACAAAAGCCUUGGCACAAUCAGUCAGCCUUCUAUUCUAAGCGAAAGGUUGCAGCUGAAACCUUAUCAGCUGAUUGGGCUAAACUGGUUGACGUUACUUCAUAAAAACAAGUUGAGUGGUAUAUUAGCUGAUGAAAUGGGAUUGGGGAAGACUGUACAAGCAAUAUCAUUCCUGGCAAACCUUUACCAGGACGGAGAUGAAGGACCACAUCUCAUUACUGUACCUGCUUCUACAUUAGAUAAUUGGGUCAGAGAGCUGAAACAGUGGUGUCCUACUCUCAAAGUUCUUGUCUAUUGCGGGUCUGUCCAGGACCGCAAGUAUCUCCGCUACAACAUACUGAACAAAACAGUGGAUUUUAAUAUCAUUGUAUCUACGUACUCUCUGACAAUCAGCAAUGCAGAUGACCGCAGUUUAUUCAGACGUCUGAAACUUCACUAUGCUAUCUUUGAUGAGGGACACAUGCUGAAGAAUAUGAGUUCACUGCGCUACAAGCAACUCAUGACUAUAAAUGCUGACUACCGAUUGCUGCUAACCGGGACCCCACUGCAAAACAAUUUGCUUGAACUCAUGUCUCUUCUUAACUUUAUCAUGCCAAACAUGUUUUCCAGUAGCACUAGUGAGAUCUCAAAGAUGUUUUCAACAAAAUCAUCUGAUGAGCAAAGCACAUUUGAACAGGAGAGGAUUGCACAUGCCAAGCAGAUCAUGAAGCCAUUUAUUCUAAGGAGAGUGAAAAGUGAGGUCCUAAAACAACUUCUACCCAAGGAAGAGCAAAUAGAAUAUUGUCCAAUGUCUGAGAAGCAAGAACAAUUCUACGCUUCUAUUUUUGAGCAGCUAAAGAAGUCUGUUAAUGGAGAAAAGAAAAAGAUGUGUAAUGUGAUGAUGCAACUUCGAAAGAUGGCCAAUCACCCCUUGCUGCAUCGUCGAUACUACACAGAAGGGAAACUAAGACUGAUGUCAAAACUUAUGUUACAGGAACCCACCCACUAUGAUGCAAAUGCAGAGCUAAUCUUUGAGGACAUGGAGGUGUUGUCAGACUUUGAAUUGCAUGGCCUAUGUAAGCAGUAUGCCAGUAUCGGCCGGUUCCAGUUGGAUAAAGAGGUGCUCCUUGAUUCUGGGAAAUUUCAAGUGCUUAAAGAUUUACUUGUCAAACUCCACGCUAAUGGAGACCGUGUUGUGCUAUUCAGCCAGUUCACCAUGAUGUUGGAUAUUGUGGAGAUUCUGCUCAAGCAUUUAAAUCACAGAUAUGUGAGACUAGAUGGCUCAACUCCUAUGGCUGACCGGAUCCAUCUGAUAGAUGACUACAACACAGAUUUGGAUAUCUUUGUUUUCCUCUUAUCCACAAAAGCUGGAGGGCUUGGUAUAAACCUGACAUCAGCAAACAUUGUGAUUCUCCAUGACAUUGACUGCAACCCAUACAAUGACAAACAGGCUGAAGAUCGAUGUCAUAGAGUCGGGCAAACAAAGUCUGUGAAAGUAGUGAAAUUGAUCAGCAAAGGCACUAUUGAGGACUGCAUGCUGAAAAUCAACCAUAAAAAAUUAAAGCUUGAAAAGGAUAUGACUGCAGCAGAUGCAGGGAAAGAAGGCUCCAUUCCUGAAGACUUGGCCACUUUGAUAAAAGCCACCUUGGGACUCUGAAAGACAAGCCUAUUUAAUGCAUCUGACAACAGACUAAGCCUGUAAAACAAGAAAAAAAAGUGAUUUUAACAAAAUAAUUAACUUGCCCCAUUGCCAGAUAGUCCUUUUUGAUUUUGAAUUUAAAAAUGUAAUCCACAAAUAUGGGCUAGAUGGACAAAGUACAGUAAUGUGUCUUGAUAAGUAUUUUUUCCCCUUUUUGCCAUUUAUCUUAUUUAAACAAAAUUAUUAUUAUUUUCCAGUGAGUCUUUACAGUCAUCUGUUUGUUUUUCAGUGCAACAAGAGAGGUACCUUGAUUAAGCAGCAUACAUGUCCAGUCUAUCUGGUGGCAAAUGUAUUUUUACUUUACUAGAUAACAGGUUAAAGAAUAUAAUUUGGUUGUUCCUACUUUAGAAUUUGUGUUUGUUCUUUUGUUGCUUGUAUGUGUUUUAUUUUGUUCAGUUGUAUUUGCUACUUAGCCAUUUCCUAUUUGGUGUUGUAACAUGUUUACAAAUUUAAAUAAAUGUUUGCAUUUCA